AUUAUGCCCGGCGUACUUAACGGCCAUGCAAACGGGAGCGCGACAACCCAGGGCCAGCACCCUGGGAGCGAGCGAACACCCAGAAAGCUCGUUCUCUGCUUUGAUGGGACAGGUAACACUUUCACCGGCACCAACGCCGACACCAAUGUCGUCAAGCUCUUGAGCAAGCUGGACCGCAACGAUCCUGAUCAGUACCAUUACUACCAGACCGGAAUCGGCACGUAUGACAUUAACGAGAAGUCCGUUAACAAGACUUGGUUCGGUGAGAUGCAAAGCUCCAUCUCACAGACCGUUGACCAAGGCAUCGGCAACACUUUCGAUGCCCACGUCAUGGCUGGAUACAGAUUCCUGAUGCGUUACUACGACUCCGGGGAUAAGAUUUACAUGUUCGGCUUUAGCCGCGGCGCCUUCACAGCCAAGUUCCUCGCCCGCAUGAUCAGCACGGUCGGCCUCCUCUGCAAGGGCAACGAGGAGAUGGUCCCCUUCGCCUACCGUCUCUACCAGCGCUACCUCGCCGGAGAGGUCGAGGACUUCAUCGUCUCCCACCCCAAGAAGAAGAACAGGGAGAAGGCCGCCAAGAAGGCCGAGAAAAAGGCAGCCAAAAAAGCCGCUGCCCUUGCCGCUGCCAACGGUAAUGGCAACGGCAACGGCAAUGGCCACAGCGAGACGCAGCCUCUCUUGGACGACACAGAAGCCGACGUGGAGACCCACGAUCACCAGGAGGGCGAAGACCCCGCCGUCCACGGCCACAACUUUGAAGUCGCAGCCGACGAGAUCGCCGCGUUCUCGGACACCUUCUGCCGCAAAGAGGUCUCGUCCCACUGCGACACGGACCAGAAAGAGGGCAAGGAGUCCAACAUCAAGGUGCACUUCCUCGGCAUCUGGGACUGCGUCAACUCCGUCGCCAUCCUCGAGCGCAAGGCGCCGAUCCCGGUGCCCGUCGUCGGCACGGCGCACCACGUGCGCCACGCGGUCGCCGUCGACGAGCGCCGCGUCAAGUUCAAGGCCGCGCUGAUGGCGCAGGACAUGAAGAAGGGCGAGGAGGCCCACGAGGACAUCUUGGAGGUCUGGUUCCCCGGGUGCCACGGCGAUGUCGGCGGCGGGUGGCCCGCUUCGGACAAGAACCCCCUCGAAGGCGGCCAGGCUGAGAUGACGUGGUGGGAGACGAUCAAGAACUUCUUCUCCACGCGCAAGCCGCCCAAGGGGAAGGCAAUUGGGUGCGACAGAUUGCAGCUCAGUGAUGUUGCGCUGGCGUGGAUGAUUGGCGAAGUCGAGGAGGUGGGCAAGAAGCACCCCGAGGCUGCGCUCAAAUGGCGGGAGGAUAAGUUGAAGCACUUCAAGGGCAAGUAUGCAGACAAGAAGCAUAAGGCGAUGAAGGCCCCCAUCCACGACUCGCUCGCGUUUAAUACCGGAACGGGAUUCUUUACGGUCUUGUUGUGGAAGCUCAUGGAAUGGCUCCCCUUCAUCAAGCGCUGGGAGCUUGAAGACGGCGAAUGGGAGAACGUGCGCUUUCCGCUCAACAAGGGGGAGACGCGCGAUAUACCCAAGGAUGCCGUGCUUCACGAGUCACUACUCUACCGCCUGAAGAAGGUCAAUGAUUACUGCCCUCCGAAUAACCACGGCGGCGUGCUGCCGGCUUGCUUGAAGCACCAUCCGACGGGCACCAUCGCAGAGUGUGAUCCUCCCCAUGACCACUCUCAGGUGCAUAAGGACUGCAAUCACAGGACGUUUACGAUCCUCAAGUCUGUGGAUACUAUGGAUUUGAAGUGA